CCCAAACCUCAGAUGAUGGCAUCAGAUGGAGCAUCUCCAUUGCCGGGACCUGAUGUGGCAGUGAAACCUGGUGCUGGCCUACCUCCUUUCACUACGCUUCCUUUUGCCCCACCUGCUCCUGCUCCACCUUACCAACCCCUCUGGGAACCAUCUCCACAGCCCCCCAUACCUCCAGCAUUCUCUCCAGGCAACCCUCUGAUGCUCUCUGCUUUCCCUAGCCCACUACAGAUGACAGGAGAUGGGGACUCUGGCCCCAAUGUGGCUGGGGCUGGCCAGGUCAUUGUGAAAAUCAAGACAGAAGGGGGGCCAGCCGAGGCCUCUCAGGCUCAGAACUUUAUCCAUACUCAAAAGGCCCUAAAUUGGAUUGCCUCAGGUACUCUCUAUGGGGUCCCAGAGGGGCCUCCUCCUCCUCUGUAUGUGACAGGUUCUAAUGUGAAGACCAUUCUGCCCACUGUGGCUGUUGGAGUGAGUCCAGAGGCCUCUGCAGGACUUCCUCUGCAGACGCUACCAUUAGCUGCCCAACUGGCUCCCACAGCAUCCCUGGAAAAGGCUUGGCCAGGAACACAAGCAGCAAUGGGGGAAGGAGGUACUGCGGCUUCCCUGAAGCCCUCCCAAGGUGGCCUUGCCUAUGCCUCCACGGGUGUUUAUGAGAACUAUCGUCGCUGGCAGCGCUACAAAGCUUUGGCUCGGACGCACCUAUCCCAAAGUCCUGAUGCAGAAGCACUUUCCUGCUUUCUUAUCCCAGUGCUUCGUUCACUGGCCCGGCUGAAGCCCACUAUGACCCUGGAGGAGGGACUGCCGAGGGCUGUGCAGGAGUGGGAGCGCACCAGCAACUUUGACAGGAUGAUUUUUUAUGAGAUGGCAGAGAAGUUCAUGCAGUUUGAAGCUGAGGAGGAGAUGCAGUUACAGAAUGCACAGCUGAUGAAUGGAUCCCCAGGCCUGUCACCUGUACCCCCUUUGAAACCUGACCCUCCAGGGUCCCUGGUGCCUGAGGCUUGCCAGCAGCCAGUGUAUAUUCCAAAGAAGGCAGCCUCCAAGACACGGGCUCCCCGCCAGCGGCAACGCAAACCUCAAAGGCCUCCAGUUCCUGAGGCACCCAAGGAGAUCCCACCAGAAGCUGUGCAGGAGUAUAUUGACAUCAUGGAAGGGCUGAUGGGGAGUCACCUGGACACUGGAAAGUCAGAGGAAGAAGAGGAGCAGCAGGAGAAUGAAGAAAUGUAUCCAGACCCAAGUCUUCUGAGCUACAUCGAUGAGCUAUGUUCUCAGGAGGUAUUUGUCUCCAAGGUGGAGGCGGUCAUUCACCCUCAAUUUCUGGCAGACCUGCUGUCCCCAGAAGAGCAGAGAGAUCCUUUGGCUUUAAUUGAGGAGCUAGAGCAAGAGGAAGCACUCACUCUUGCCCAGCUGGUCCAGAAGCGACUCUUGGCCUUGGAGGAGGACGAUGCACAGGCACCUCCAAGUUGCAGUGGAACUCAGUCAGACUCAAGUCCUUCUGCUGCCAAUGAAGAUGAAGAUGGGGGUCGGAGGCCUCGGCCUUUACUGGGGCCUCAGGGGGCUGAGAAUAGUGUUUGCACUGGAAAGUCUGUUUCUUCAGGCAAGCAGGCAAGCGAGAUGCACAAUGGGCAGGAACUAGCCCUAGGUGGUCCAAGGGGGAUACACAAGGAUGGAAACACUCUGCCAUCCUCUAGCUGGGACCUGCAGCUAGAACUCACAACUUCACAGGGAAUGGAAGCACCCUUGAGUAUGGAAAGAGGGCCUGGGGAGUUUAUAAAACAGCUAUCUGCACAUCAUGAUGGCCACCUGGGAGGUGCUGGGUCCCCUGGAAACUACCCAGUAGCAGACAGGACUUCAGAGGCUUUACCAUUUUGUUGGCAAGAAAGCCCUCAUCCCAUGACAGACCCCAGUUUAGAUGUUGGAUUUAUAGAACCAGCUCCUUUGCAAGGACACGGGUUAGAAAACCAGGCUUUGGGGUUGCAGAUAGGACAACCAAUAGAGAAAGUUGGAAUGUUUACACAAGGGAGAGAACCGUCAGCAGUGUCCCAGGAAGGCUCUUCAAUAUCUAUGUGGGGAGAUGACAGAGGUCCCCCCAUGGUUCAGAGUUAUGAUCAGAACCUUUCUUCUGGAGCAGCCUGCAACCUAGACAGCAUUCCUCUCAGUCCAAGACUUUGGCUGAGCGGUGGGAUAGAAGCCAUAGGCACAGAGUUGCCCUUACAAAUCGAAACGGUCAUAGAGAACAUCCAAGAUGAGGAAUACAUAAAGGAGCACCAGGCAUUGAGCUCCAGAAACAGUGUUUCUCUAGGUCCUAGAAAAACCUCAGUAUCUGAGAAUGUGGGGAACGGUGUGGUUCCUUGCAGAGGCACAGAUGCCCUAGAAAAGACAGGAUCUCUUAUGGGCAAUAGUCCAGCUUCGAGGUCCAGCGAAAGUAUAGAACAGAGUUCUGAGACUAUACAGGAUCCCAGUGAUCUGUGGGCUAAUGCUUGCUCUCCUGUGCUGGAAGAAAUUGGUACCUCCACACUGGGUUCUUCCAAUGACACCAUGUUGCCUACAAGCCAAGGUGAUCUCUUUAUCCUUGAGACCAAGGACACCUCCUCUUUUUGCCAGGCAAGCCAAGAGGCAGAGAGCAGAGGCAAUCCACUUUUUCCUCUGUUGGAAACCACAGAAGAUGUCAACAUACUAGAUGUUAGAAAUGACAGUGGCCCCCAAACAGGAGUCCACAAGGAUUCCUGCCCAUCAAAUUUUAAUUCUUUUGAUUUCCAAGGAGAGGGCAGGGAAGACACUAUUUCAUCCAAAUCUAAUGACCUUGUUUCUUUACAAAGCAAUCAAGAAUCUUACACACUUGAGAGCCCCAAAUCAACAUCUUGUCAGGGCCUCGGAAGUACUUCCCCUACCUGGGAAAUCAGGGAUGCUUCAGUUCUGAGAGAAAUCUCUACUAGAGAAACACGGAAGUCAGUAGACAGGGCCAAAAGAAGUAAGGAAGAGAAAGAAAAAGAUGAACUGUCCGACUUCUCCUACCUUUUGGCCUCAAAACUUUGCUUAUCUUCAUGGGGGCUUCCCCUCAGUUCUUGUCAUGCCUCUGAAGCUCAGGGAAUUCAGCAAACAUCCCACCCCUCUGCUGAACCAGGUGACCUUGGCCAACCUCCACCCCUUGCCAAGUCGGAGAAACAAAUUCUAGUUGGGGGUCCGGCCUCUGCUGUAGAAACUCAGCCAGCUCAGCUUAAAGGUUUUGGGCAGAAAACCCUUACUCUAGGAGUAGUACAACAUCCACAGCCUUGUAAAAGGCGACGUGACAAUUCUGUCACAAGCAAAAGGAAGAAACGACACCAGAACCAGUAG